AAACUAUUGUGAGCAUACAAUAUAACACACUUACUUCAACCCGGGAUACGUCGGACAACACGACGUAUCCCCAGACACGUGGCGACAUAAAGAAGCAAAAACAUGGCCGACUGUUUACCUCCUGCUCAAAAUCUACGUUUGCUUAUGGAAGUGUUGCUUCUAAACUACGACUUCUACCACAAAAGAAUUACUUUCGGCUAUCAGCAACCAAACUAUACCCUUACAUACAAAAACUUAAAAAGUACAUAUUUCUGUUAAACUAACUUUUUUUAUUUUAACUAUUCGGUUGAACUACGCAUGCCCCCAAACAGUAUGUUGCUUUGUAAUGGAAACAUUAAGAUAUGUUUAAAAUGAUAUCACAAUGCUCUAUUGUGACGUCAUGUACAUGGUCCGAACUAUCCCCGCGUCCGAGGUAUCCCCGGUCUCCCCUAUGUUAAAUUUGUUUGUUUUUUAAUGUGGUAUUUGUACUGAACUGCCAUGUACAUUACAGCCAUAGAAAGCAACAUAACAAGAUUUGAUCCUAUUGAAUCUUCAACGCCUCAUAAAAAAAGAAAGCAUGAUGAAACAUUAGAGUACAAGUAUGACACACAUUGAUGAUGAAAUUACAGACCCAACAUUUGUUGAAAAUGCCUCCAUGAACGCAAGCAACAUCGACCUUUUUCCAGUGUACAAUACUUUGCAUAUAUUUACCAAUGUACAGUUCUUAACACUAGUGAAUUUUUUCUGAUUAAAUUUACCUUUACAAUAUUUCCAAAAGGCAUUGAAAUGUAUUUUCCAGUGACACAUCUUUUAAAGAGGCUGGCCCAAUUCAAGAAGAAAAGUUCAUUGUGUUUAAUAGUAAUCUCAUGAGAUUGUUUGCCACCUGCCCGUUAUGCACUGGAGAAUGUCAAUCUGCAAUUAAAAAUAGAAGAGGAUCCUUUAUUGAAGUGGAACAAGCAUGUACCAAAUGUUCCUUUUUACGGAAGUGGUCAAGUCAACCACUAAUUCGAAAUGCCCCUGUUGGAAACUUGCUUUUGUCUUGUGGUAUUGCAUGUAAUGGCUUAUCAUAUACAAAAGCUGUACGGUUGUUCAAAUCCAGAAAAACAAUGCCCAUUAUUAUGAUGUUUGGCAUGUUGCCAAAAGUAAGUGUAUGAUGGUAGUUUAGAUGAUGAACACUAACCAGUUAAAAUUAUUCUAAAGGUGUUAAAAAACGUCUCAUGAAAAUUCAAAGAAAAAAAGAUUGCCAUAUUAUUCAAGAAUGGUCUAAAAGCAUAAUUAGUCAUCUGUACUGGUGUGCUAUGUCAUCUGAUGGAUCCACUCGAGAAUUGAUUGUGGACAAAUGGAAGUCAAUCCUGAACCACAUACAAAAUGUACAUGUUCAUGAUAGCCUUAUCUAUCCACGCUGUGCACAUCCACCUUUAUCCGAAGACGAAGCAAGAAAGAAAUGGUGUUAGAUUGCACUACACAAGCAUAUGUAGAACUUGAAAAAGUAGUUCUUAACAAAAGGCUUUUAAAAGAUAUAGCUCAGUUGAGCACCCGACAACAAACGUCAUCAUUGGAGGCAUACAACAGUUUGCUACUGCAGUUUGCCCCAAAGCUUCGUGCAUUUUCUCACCGUGGAAUGCUAUGCCGACACUUUUUAGCUGCAUUGCACUACAAUGAAAAUUGUGGAAGAAAGUUUUUAAAGCGAAACGAUGGAAGCUCUGUGGUAAAAUAUUAUUUUCCAAAAUACAAAAAAGGCGAGUUUUUUGUCCGAAGACAAAAAGAGGAAGCCACUUUUGGUUAUGUUUCAAAAGUCCUAUGUGGUGCUUUAAAGCUUGAUGCAAAUGAGCUUAAUGUACUACAACAACAAUGGAAUGGUGUUGCCACUCCAGAAUUCCUAAGUUCUACAUAUUUUCAUCCAACACCAUCUCAAGCUGCCAAAAGUUACUAUUCCAGAUUUCCACAACUAAAUGUAUAAUCUAGUGAUGUUGGAGUGUACUUUAU